AUGGAAGUUGGAGGAGGUUUAAGAACUGCUCAUGAGCCAAAAUAUGGUGGUGUGCUUGUCGAAGAUGUUAGUAGCAGCAGUGACAUGUCACUCUCGAUAGCAAGCAACACCACCCUCAAGGAUGACAAGACCAUCGAUGCGAAAAUAAAGAAAGAGAGAAGAGCAAGAAGAGAAGCAAGGAGAAAAACCAAAGAAGAACAACAAAAGGAUGAUGAGAAGCUAAAAAGAAAAGAAGAAAGGAAGCACAUACGUGAAGAAAGAGCAAAGAGAAGGGCAGCAAGAACAAAGCAAGAAGCAAAGAAGGCAUAUGAUGCUUCAUCUAGUGAGCUAUCUAGUAGCUUGGAUGAUGCAUCAUAUCAUGCUUCCAAGGGACACGAGAAGAACAAGAAGAAGGAAAGCAAGGAUAAAGGCAGCAGCACCAAGAAGAAAUAUGCAGCCGUAUCCUUUAAUUAUUCUUACUUGACUAACUGUGACCGCAAGUCUUUCAUUAAUGUGCCUACGGGCAAGCUGCCUCAUUUCGAUGGGACAAACUUUGCCAAGUGGAAGCACUUGAUGAGGGCUUAUCUUAUCGGUCUUCACCCUAGUCUUUUGGAAAAUUGUGUGUAG